AAAAAAUUAGCUUUAAUCAUUUUACCAGCUAAAACCAAACAUGUACGUUACAAGGCGUUUGUCGGAAUAUCAAAGAAACAGAUCGGAGUUAAAGCAAACAUUGCCUGAAGGUCCAAACUCCGGUGUACUUAUAAUUCAAGAUGAAGAGUCAAAGCCAACUUGUUGCUUCGGAUCUUGCUACGAGUCUGGACUCAAAGGCUUACCGUUCCCACAAAACGCAAAGCUGGCUGUGAUAUACAUCAUCGCAGCUGGUAACACGACCGUCGUUUAUCGUGAUCCUGUCGUUUUCAUUCCAGUUCUUGACCAGCCUUUGUCUUCUAACCGUUACUACGCCAUUAAAAGAAGCGGGAAACACUCAGGAGAAGCUUCGGCUAAUGCGAAAGAGGAAGACAGAGUCCCUUGCUGCUUCUGCUUCAGCCGUGUUCCUGAAGUUAAACCACAACAAGCAGAUCCUUAUGACAUUUACCAACAAUUCGAGAUCCAUCAACGAAAAUCUUUGUCUCGAUAUUACUUUGCAACAUCCGUUGCUCCAGACGGUGUACCACCAGAGUUCCUCAAGAGAAAAGGUUGGACCGUUGAGUACUCGACGUCCGAAGACUAUGGUCUGAGAGAUGAUGCAAAAGGGAUUAACGCUAAGAUUCGUUCUGAGCUUCCUAGUGAUCUGAACAGAAGCGUUGUGGUAGGGAACUGGUACGUACCUUUCAUAUUCGUGAAGGAUGGAGAUGCAAAGGAUCAGCUUAAGAGCUCAACUUAUUACAGAAUGAGUCUUUACCAAAAAUGGGAGGAAGUUUACUCUUGUGAAAACGCUAACAAAGAAAACCGCGAGGUUGUAGUCAAUGUGGAAGUUGAGCCAGAAGUUGUGAAGCUUGAGGGACAAGUUAUCGGAAAAGAGACAAUAAAUGUGGAUGAAAAUGGGGUUGUUUGGUUUGGGGUUCCAAACAAGAGUUUUGGUUUGAGGUCUUUUGUCACUGAGAGGAUGAGAUGGGAAGAGGAGAGGUUCGGGUGGAAGAGUGGUCCCCAACGAGCAGUGGCUAAAAUAUCUGACAGGUUUGAUGGAGGAGGUUCGAGUUGGAAGAGCUAUAAAUGUUAUGUGUUGGUGGAGAGCUUUGUAUUGAGGAGAACGGAUGAAAGUGUGGUCUUGACAUUUGAGUUUAAGCAUGCUGAUAAGUUGAAGAGCAAGUGGGAAGCAUGAACAGCUUCUUGUAUUUAAUCUUUUGUGUUGGUUAUACGUGGUUUUUAUUCAGAUUUAUAUGAAUCAAAUAAUAAACAGAUUGUAACAAUGUCCCCAUCAAGAACCCAUUAACAAGGUUCAACAAACAAUAUCAUAUAUAAAGAAGGAAAAACAAGAAAUGAUGUUACAUUUUGCAUCUUUUCAAAGAAGAUGAAACUGAAACUUCUCUAAUGUAGUAAAACAGAAAAUACAAAAACAAAACCUUUCU